UAUAAAUUCUGACUUGUUUGUCUUUGUUUGCUGCGUAAGCGCUCAUCCUUUCCUUGAAUCCCACACAGUUAUGGCAAAGGCUUAUGAUUAUCUCUUUAAGCUGUUACUGAUAGGCGAUUCGGGUGUAGGAAAAACGAGUAUACUUUUCAGAUUUUCAGAUGACUCCUUUAAUUCAACUUUUAUUGCUACCAUUGGUACGUCACCGGUGCUAAUUCGCAUCGACUUUAAAAUAAGAACUAUCGAUAUAGACGGGAAAAAAAUAAAACUGCAAAUAUGGGAUACUGCUGGGCAAGAGCGUUUCCGAACGAUCACAACAGCCUACUACCGGGGUGCGAUGGUAAAUUAA